UGAGCCUAUUUUAUAUGAUGCGAAAGUUAUCGGUUAAAUGGCACGUCAUACAGGAAUGGAAGCACGUUUCCACGUGUUUACAUUUAAUUAAAAUUAUCUCUUAUGCAUUUUCCGCUAGUGAACAUUAUUUUGUCAAAGUUGAUUAAGUUAUUAGACUUAUAAUUGAAUUCUGUGUAAUCAUAAUUAAAACGAUACCGCUGUAAAGUUCCUCUCAUACAACAUGUUCCGCUUUUUGCUUGUAGUCGCGUUAAUCUGCUCUCAGUACGUGAGCGUCGGACCGUUGCCGGCGCGGAGGCGAAGCAGGCCCCCCACCUCUCAAAAAUAUAGUAUUUUUCCAAUUUUUGGACGAGUCACACCUUCGCCGGAGAUUGUUGAAUUUGUGGAUUAUGUAUUUGGGAAACGACGGUCUAAUGCGUGGUAUGCUAGUACAGAUGACAAAGAACAAUAUAAUAAUGACAAGGCUGCUCGGACUGAUAGCAAUAAUACGGCGACCGAUGUGGAUAGCGGCGAAGACCUGCGGCCCUCCGGGUUGAAUAUCCAGGCUAACCUUGGAUUUGAACAAUACUGGCAUGGCGGAGACUGGGUUUAUAGGAAGGCGGAGCUAGACCAUUGCAACACCUCCGACUCCUGCGGACACAUGAACGACAAGUACGGCAGAGUAUGUGCUGGGAAUCAUGACCUCACAGCGCAUCACACGUUCGACACCGUUUGCGACAUGUAUGAUGCUAACUGCAGGGAUGGCACUGUCACGGUGUUCACGUCAAUGCCGGAGUUAAAGAACAGCAGUAUAAAGUGGUACCCCGUGACCACGUCGGGGUACAUGCGCAUGAAAGUAGUUACCUCGAUGCCAGUCUGGUUCGUGCUCGCGCGUACCAGGAAUCUUCAUUCCAAAUUCAAGAGGCUGUUCUAUUACGCCUACUCAUGCUGGCAAUAUUUUACAUGCGUGCGGCUAUACAAGGACGAUUUCAUCCUUCCCAACCCUGUUCCUGACCACGACACAACUGGGAUGGUUUACAAUGCCUAUCAGGACUCCAUUCAUGCAGAAAGUCCGAAAGAUCCGCAGUUUCUUCAUAAAAGAACCAUAGUUUCAUACAUACUGACUUGGAAUGAAACCACUGGGUUCAUCAAGUUUGGGGUGAUCCACAACGACAUGACCGAAAACUAUAUUAGAGACUUUAAACACACUUCCGCUGACCAUGCAUUUCCCAUGAGAUACAUCGGGCUGGUAGGCGGUAACGUCACGCACCCCACCUGGUGGGAGCUCACGGGCCCCGGUAUUCCCAGAGGCUACCUGAUGGCGUACCGCGGCAAGUGCCGCGAGGACAUCCCGCCGCUACCGACGGAGCCGGCCCCCAAGCUGCGGCACGAACUGGACAUCGACAUGUACAACUUUGCCGAGCGCAUGGACGAGUUCGGGUACAACUACUCGCGCGUGCCCAACCACACUGUGCAGUACUUCGACGAAGACUACGACAUAACCAUUACGCCGCGAUCAAACACAGAAAAAUAGAGGAACCCAUUAAAAAAAUGUUUUCGACA